GAAAGGGAUCAGAGGUCCACGGACAAAAUCAUGACCAUCCUAAAUAUUCAGUAAUUCCGUUUGUCAUCAACACAGGGAACGGUUAUACGGGAAAUGGGGAAGAUGGGGGGCGGGGAGGAGAUUUCACAUCCCUGAAGGAAGUUCUCGGGCUCCUAGAGACGCCCAAGUCUUUUUUUUUUUUUUGCAUGACGAGUAGAGACCGGCUCUCGGGGGAGUUCCCCGAUCCGAGGGAGCGUGACCGCGGCCGCGAUCUUCCCGCCCGGAGCGGCCGCGGCGGGGCCCGGCCCUGCCCUCCCGGCCGCCUCCCUCUCCGGCCGCCCGGCGCGCCGCACAUCCCUCUCGCGCUCGCCGGCUCCAGACUGGUUUUUCUGGUUCAGCCUCCCUCCUAGGGACGCGCUGGGGGAUCCGAUGACGUCGCUGGCUGAGUCUCUCCCUCUUCCUCCCUCCCUCCCCCCGCCUCUCCCCGCGCCCGCCCUCGCCGCGCACUCCUCCUAGUAACUUCUGUUCGGGGAGGCGCUGCCAGGAAUAACCCGGUGCGUCCACAGCCCGGGAGGGGAGGCGGCCGCUGCGGCUCCCGCACGCACACUGCUGCGGCCCGGGCCUCGCGGCUCCCUCGCGAGCCCGGCGGCCCCUGCCCCGGGCCCAUCGCCGUACAGUGUCAGAAAAAUAAAUAGAGGAAAGAGGAGCCCGGGCAGGCGGUCGGGAUCUCUUCCCUCCCUCCGCGCCCGCCCUCCCUCUGUCCUUAAGGAAAUGCUACCAGACACCCCCCACCAGACACGCUCAGCCUUGGCGAGGAGCGGCCGCCGCGGCAGCGAGAACAAGGGCACCAGGGGGGUUUCCUCCCCCUCCUCCUCUCCCCACUCUUCCUCCUCCUCCUCCUUCUCAGCGGUGACUUUCCAGACCUAAAAUACAACCACGCUGGAAGUACACUGGAAUUAAGAAAGCCGGUGUGAGUGGAUGAGCAUGUCGUUACGUCAGGUGGAGCUAUGGGCCUGAUGGGUGGCUGGCAGUCAGCAAAAACGUUUACGUCAAAGCGGAAGGAUUGGUGAAUUUACCUGAGAAAUUGAGACUCAAGAGUAUGAGAAUGUGUGACUAGGACCGAAAGCAGAUUUUCAGGUAACGAUGUGAAUGCUGCUUAAAUGAGGAUUGACUCUGAUAUUCCAUGGUUUCCUUCCUGGUGAGCUCGCUGGCUCGCCACCCUCCACACUCAUCAGCAGCUGGUGUUUCACCCAGUGGUACUGUGAUCUUCACCACCUGUUCACUUGCACAGAAAAAGAUGGCAUCGAUUUAUAUUUAAAAUAAAGUGGAGUCUUUGAAUUUUUUAAAAGACAAUGAUAAUCAGAUCUACUUGAAAAAUUAAGCAAAUUGAUUUGGUUGGAACACUCUUUAACCAAUACUUUAACAUUCAGCCUCUGGAUUCCUGGAAGUUGUGCAUGAGUUCCUGUGGGAAGAGUUGGCAUCGUGGAAGGCAAAGACAGUUGUUUUUUGAUAUGAGGAUAACAGGAAGCGUCAAGACAAUCAUCCCCAUGAGAACUCUAAACCAUUCAGAUCAUUUUAUCUUAAUGAAACUGGCAAGUGAACUUUGCUCUAGUUGAUGGGCAAAAUUUCUCCUGGACUCUUCAUCAUCCCAAUUUCAUCCUAGUUGAAAAUAUUCAAAUGCCAUAAGAAAUCUUUAGAGAUUUGCACUUAGCUUCUGGGUAGACAUUUCUACAAUGGAGAGAACUGUGUUAUAGCCCUGGUCCAAGGACAUUGUCAUCUAAUACCAGUAGACUACAGGGUGGGUGUGGAAGGUUGCAAAGAGCAGGAGCACUCAGCAAGUUUGCAGAUGCCCUGGAACAUGGAAGCAAGCACGCUUUGAAAAGUACGGCUUUGGAGACACUCCAUGAGUCUGCACAGCUUUCAAGAGAACUAGCACUUAAGACCUUGUGUAACAAAAUGGACACGGGGGACACAGCUCUGGGACAAAAAGCUACCUCAAGGUCUGGAGAAACUGAUAAAGCACCAGGUAGAUGGAGACAGGAACAAUCAGCUGUUAUUAAGAUGAGCAGUUUUGGCAGUCAAGAAGGACAGCGGCAACCACCAGUAGAUCCUGAGCAGAUCGCAAACACAGCUUCAGCACAAAUCUUUGGUUCUGGGAAACUGGCCUCACCUAGUGAAGUGGCACAGCAAGUCACAGAGAAGCAACACCCACCGCACCGUCCGAGUCCUUACCCAUGCCAACAUUCACUCUCUUUCCCUCAGCCCUCAUUGCCGCAGGGGCUCAUGCACAGCAACAAGCCACAUCAGAGCCUCGAAGGCCCUCCAUGGCUUUUCCCUGGCCCUUUGCCAUCUGUUGCCUCUGAGGACUUAUUUCCUUUUCCUCUACAUGGCCAUAGUGGUGGUUAUCCUAGAAAAAAGAUUUCAAGUCUGAACCCUGCUUAUAGUCAAUUCUCCCAGAAAAGUAUCGAACAGUCAGAAGAUGCUCACAAGAAAGAGCACAAACCCAAGAAGCCUGGCAAGUACAUUUGCCCUUACUGCAGCAGGGCGUGUGCCAAACCAAGCGUACUGAAAAAACACAUCAGGUCCCAUACUGGGGAGCGGCCAUAUCCAUGUAUACCUUGUGGUUUCUCUUUCAAGACAAAGAGCAAUUUGUACAAGCACAGGAAGUCACAUGCCCAUGCAAUUAAGGCAGGAUUAGUCCCUUUCACAGAGUCAGCUGUAUCUAAAUUGGAUCUAGAGGCUGGUUUUAUUGAUGUAGAAGCAGAAAUACACUCAGACGGUGAACAGAGUACAGACACAGAUGAGGAGAGUUCUUUAUUUGUUGAGGCUUCUGACAAAAUGAGUCCUGGCCCACCAAUCCCGCUGGAUCUCGCUGGCAGAGGUGGCUAUCAUGGGUCGUUGGAAGAAUCACUGGGAGGUCCAAUGAAGGUGCCGAUUUUGAUUAUUCCCAAAAGUGGGAUUCCUUUACCUAACGAAAGCUCUCAGUAUAUUGGCUCUGAUAUGCUCCCAAAUCCGUCUUUAAAUACUAAGGCUGAUGACUCUCACACGGUUAAACAGAAACUUGCACUAAGACUGUCAGAGAAGAAAGGACAAGAUUCUGAGCCAUCUCUAAACCUUCUGAGCCCGCACAGUAAGGGAAGCACUGACUCUGGUUACUUCUCCCGCUCAGAAAGUGCAGAGCAGCAGAUAAGCCCACCCAACACCAACGCGAAGUCUUAUGAAGAGAUCAUCUUCGGGAAAUACUGUCGACUUAGUCCCAGAAAUACACUCAGUGUUACAACCGCAAGUCAGGAGCGUGCCACCAUGGGCAGGAAGGGCAUGCUGGAAUCAUUACCUCACGUAAACACCAGGUUAGACGUCAAGAUGUUUGAAGAUCCUGUUUCACAGCUGAUCCCAAGCAAGGGCGAAAUCGACCCCAGUCAAACAAGCAUGCUGAAAUCUGCAAAGUUCAACAGUGAGUCCAGACAAUCCCAGGCUAUUCCAUCAUCUAUCAGGAGUGAAGGAAAACUUUAUCCUGCAAAUUUCCAAGGCAGCACCCCAGUUCUCUUAGAAGCUCCUGUAGACUCUUCACCCCUUAUUAGAAGCAACUCCAUGCCAACUUCUUCAGCAACUAAUCUAAGUAUUCCUCCUUCUUUGAGAGGAAGUCACUCUUUCGAUGAAAGGAUGACUGGUUCGGAUGAUGUGUUCUAUCCAGGGACUGUGGGAAUACCCCCUCAGCGCAUGUUAAGGAGACAGGCUGCAUUUGAGCUGCCUUCAGUCCAGGAGGGGCACGUGGAAGCAGAACACCAUGGAAGGAUGUCAAAGAGUGUCACAGGUUCAUCCUUGAAGGAAAAGAAAUUGAUUCCUGGGGACAGGGUUGGGUAUGACUAUGAUGUCUGCCGGAAACCCUACAAGAAAUGGGAAGAUUCUGAAACACCAAAGCAAAGCUACAGGGACAUUUCCUGCUUAAGCUCCUUAAAACACAGCGGAGAGUAUUUCAUGGAUCCCUCGGUGCCACUGCAGGGAGUGCCAACCAUGUUUGGAACUACCUGUGAAACUAGAAAACGCAGGAAAGAGAAGAGUGUAGGAGAUGAGGAGGACACCCCCAUGAUCUGCAGCAGUGUUGUAAGCACACCCGUGGGCAUAACCGCUUCAGAUUAUGACCCCAAAUUGCAGAUGCAAGAAGGUGUAAGAAGCGGGUUCACCGUGGCUGGACAGGAGAACCCUUCUCACGGUCACUCUGAGCGCUUUGACCCAGCUCGACCCCAACUGCAAUCUGGAAGUCCAUCUCUUGGGUCAGAGGAGUCGCCCUCGGCCGCUGAUUCAGACAAGAUGUCAGACGUAGGGGGCAGGAAACCUCCUGGAAAUGUGAUUUCUGUGAUUCAGCACACAAACUCACUGAGCCGACCCAAUUCGUUUGAGAGGUCUGAGUCCGCUGAACUGGUGGCUAGUGCGCAGGAGAAGGCCUCCUCGCCUUCUGAGACCUGUGACAGUGAGAUUUCAGAGGCCCCGGUGAGUCCCGAGUGGGCCCCGCCCGGGGAGGGCGCAGAAAGCGGAGGGAAGCCGUCCCCGGCUCAGCAGGCCUGCCACGCGCAGCCCAGGCUGGUCCGCCAGCACAACAUCCAGGUUCCCGAGAUCCGAGUGACCGAGGAGCCUGAUAAACCGGAGAAGGAGAAGGAAGCCCAGAGCAAAGAGCCAGAAAGGCCUGCGGAGGAGUUUCAGUGGCCCCAGAGAAGCGAGACCCUGUCCCAGCUCCCUGCUGAGAAGCUGCCCCCCAAAAAGAAGCGUCUGCGCCUUGCCGACAUGGAGCACUCCUCCGGGGAGUCCAGCUUUGAAUCCACGGGCACGGGCCUCUCUCGCAGCCCCAGUCAGGAAAGCAACUUGUCCCACAGCUCCAGUUUCUCAGUGUCCUUUGAAAGAGAAGAAACCAUCAAGCUGGCUGCGCUUCCGAAGCAGGAUGAGUUUGGGAAGCAUUCAGAGUUUUUGACUGUCCCCGCUGGCUCCUACUCAUUGUCUGUCCCGGGCCACCACCACCAAAAGGAGAUGCGGCGCUGCUCAUCCGAACAGAUGCCUUGUCCUCACCCAACUGAAGUCCCGGAAAUUCGGAGCAAAUCGUUCGACUAUGGGAACCUGUCCCACGCUCCGGCGGCAGGGGCGCCGGCCUCCGCGUUGUCGCCGUCGCGGGAGAGGAAGAAGUGCUUUCUCGUGCGGCAGGCCUCGUUCAGCGGCUCUCCCGAGAUCGCUCAGGCCGAGGCCAGUGCAGAUCCGGGCGUGAAGCAGGAGCAGAUGGAGCAGCUGCAUGCCGGCCUCAGGCCCGCGUGGCACCACGCCCCGGCCUCCGUGCUGCCUCCUCUCCAGGCGGAGGACCCGGGGAAGCAGGUUGUGGGUCCUUGUGCCCAGCUGAGCUCAGGGCCGCUGCACUUGGCCCAACAACCGAUCAUGCACAUGGACAGUCAGGAGUCUCUGAGGAAUCCUUUGAUACAACCAACCUCCUACAUGGCAAGCAAGCACUUAUCUGAGCAGCCACAUUUAUUUCCACAUCAAGAGACUAUUCCAUUUUCUCCAAUCCAGAAUGCCUUGUUUCAGUUUCAAUAUCCUACGGUCUGUAUGGUUCAUUUACCAGCUCAGCAGCCUCCCUGGUGGCAGGCACACUUCCCACACCCGCUGGUGCAGCACCCUCCGAAGAGCUAUGGCAAGCCUUCUUUCCAGGCGGAGAUCCAUCCUAGCUACCCCUUAGAGCAUGUUGCAGAGCACACUGGAAAGAAACCCGCUGAUUACGCACACGCGAAAGAGCAGACUUACCCGUAUUAUUCAGGAACUUCAGGGCUACACUCAAAUAACCUUCUUCCAAAGUUUCCAUCGGACCAGAGCACCAAGUCCUCCAAUGCUCCCUCCGAGCAGGUUCUUCAAGAAGAUUUUGCCUCGGCCAACACUGGGCCUUUACAGUCCUUACCAGGAACGGUGGUCCCUGUCAGGAUCCAGACCCACGUCCCGUCCUAUGGGAGUGUCAUGUACACUAGCAUCUCUCAGAUCCUUGGGCAGAACAGUCCUGCAAUUGUCAUAUGCAAAGUCGACGAGAAUAUGACCCAAAGAACACUGGUCACCAACGCGGCCAUGCAAGGGAUAGGCUUUAACAUCGCCCAGGUGCUGGGGCAGCACGCAGGCUUGGAAAAGUACCCCCUUUGGAAAGUCCCUCAGACCCUGCCCCUUGGCUUGGAAUCCUCAAUCCCCUUGUGUUUACCUUCCACCUCCGACAGCGCUGCCACCCUAGGGGGCAGCAAGCGCAUGCUUUCUCCAGCCAGCAGCUUAGAACUCUUCAUGGAGACGAAGCAGCAGAAAAGGGUCAAAGAAGAAAAGAUGUAUGGACAGAUUGUGGAGGAGCUCAGUGCUGUGGAGUUGACCAACUCAGACGUCAGAAAGGGUCUCUCCCGGCCCCAGAAACCCCAGCUGGUUCGACAAGGCUGUGCCUCUGAACCGAAGGAUGGCUCGCAGUCGGGGUCGUCUUCCUUCUCCUCACUGUCCCCCUCCUCAUCACAAGACCAUCCGUCUACCAGUGUGCCCUUGAGGGAGCCGUUCCCGCCCAGCUCCAGGGCACCCUCUCUGGGGCAGAAGUCCAGCGGGCCUUCUGAAAGCAAAGAGUCCUCAGAUGAAUUAGAUAUUGAUGAGGCAGCUUCUGAUGUCAGCAUGAGCCCCCAGAGCUCCUCACUGCCGCCGGGAGACAGUCAGCUCGAGGAGAAAGGAAAAGGCCAGAAGCUGCCUGUUGGCAUGGUUGUCCACAUGGCCUCUGGCCCAAGUGGGAAAGUGGCAAACUCAACUCUUCUUUUCACGGAUGUGGCAGAUUUCCAGCAGAUUCUUCAGUUCCCCAGUCUGCGGACAACUACUACUGUGAGUUGGUGCUUUUUGAAUUAUACAAAACCCAAUUACGUGCAACAGGCCACCUUCAAAUCCUCGGUUUAUGCUUCAUGGUGCAUUAGUUCCUGUAACCCAAACCCGUCAGGAUUGAACACCAAGACCACUCUGGCUCUUCUGAGGUCCAAGCAAAAAAUCACCGCAGAAAUUUAUACUCUGGCUGCUAUGCACAGGCCUGGAACCGGCAAGCUCACGUCGUCAAGCGCUUGGAAGCAGUAUGCUCAGAUGAAACCGGAUGCAGCCUUUUUAUUUGGCAGCCAACUCGAAAGGAAACUAGUGGGAAAUAUCUUAAAGGAACGAGGGAAAGGAGAGAUUCAUGGAGAUAAGGAUAUUGGAUCCAAACAAACGGAACCAAUCCGAAUUAAAAUCUUUGAAGGAGGGUAUAAGUCAAAUGAAGAUUAUGUUUAUGUCAGAGGACGUGGACGUGGAAAGUACAUUUGUGAAGAAUGUGGGAUUCGCUGUAAGAAGCCGAGCAUGCUCAAAAAGCAUAUUCGCACUCAUACUGAUGUCCGGCCUUAUGUAUGCAAGUUGUGUAACUUUGCCUUCAAAACGAAAGGAAACCUAACGAAGCAUAUGAAAUCUAAAGCACACAUGAAGAAAUGCCUGGAGUUGGGAGUCUCCAUGACAUCAGUGGAUGACACAGAAGCUGAGGAAGCAGAAACUAUGGAAGAUUUGCACAAAGCAGCUGAGAAGCAUAGCAUGUCCAGCAUUUCAACCGACCAUCAGUUCUCAGAUGCUGAAGAAUCAGAUGGUGAGGACGGAGAUGAUAACGAUGAUGAUGAUGAAGAUGAUGAGGACUUCGAUGACCAGGGAGAUUUGACACCAAAAACAAGAUCAAGAAGCACCAGUCCUCAGCCUCCUAGAUUCUCCUCCUUGCCAGUGAAUGUUGGCGCCGUACCCCAUGGGGUUCCUUCAGAUAGUUCCCUGGGGCAUUCUUCAUUGAUCAGCUAUUUGGUUACUUUGCCAAGUAUUCAGGUUACUCAGCUGAUGACGCCAAGUGACUCAUGUGAAGAUACUCAGAUGACAGAAUACCAGAGGUUAUUCCAGAGCAAAAGUACAGACUCAGAACCAGACAAAGACAGGUUAGACAUCCCUAGUUGUAUGGAUGAAGACUACAUGCUGUCUUCAGAGCCAAGCUCCUCUCCGAGGGACUUCUCGCCCUCAAGCCGCCAUUCCUCACCAGGAUAUGAUUCUUCACCCUGUCGAGAUAAUUCACCAAAGAGGUAUCUGAUACCCAAAGGAGAUUUAUCACCCAGAAGACAUUUAUCACCUAGGAGAGAUCUGUCACCCAUGAGACAUCUUUCACCAAGAAAGGAAGCUGCGUUGAGAAGAGAGAUAUCACAAAGAGAGGUUUCACCAAGAAGACAUCUGUCCCCAAGGAGGCCAGUGUCACCUGGGAAAGAUAUCAUGGCAAGAAGAGACCUUUCUCCCAGGAGAGAGAGAAGAUACAUGACCACCAUAAGGGCGCCAUCUCCCAGAAGGGCUUUAUACCAUAACCCACCGUUGUCCAUGGGGCAGUAUUUGCAAGCAGAGCCAAUUGUAUUGGGGCCUCCUAAUUUAAGAAGAGGAUUACCUCAGGUUCCUUACUUCAGUCUCUAUGGAGACCAAGAAGGUGCUUAUGAACAUCCAGGCUCCAGCCUUUUCCCUGAGGGUCCUAAUGACUAUGUCUUCAGUCAUCUUCCACUCCACUCUCAGCAACAAGUGCGAGCUCCUAUCCCUAUGGUGCCAGUUGGUGGGAUACAAAUGGUCCACUCCAUGCCGCCUGCCCUUUCCGGUUUACGUCCUCCACCCCCCUUGCCUCUGCCAAUGGAGGGCUCUGAGGAGAAGAAAGGACCUUCUGGGGAACCCUUCCCUAAGGAUCCCUGUGCGAUUUCUAAGCAGCACGAGAAGCGAGCUCCUCACAUUUUGCAGUCAUCUGGUCCACCUGGCACGCCCUCCUCUCCUCGGCUCUUGCUGAAGCAGAGCACUUCAGAAGACAGCCUAAAUGCAACAGAGAGGGAACAGGAGGAAAACAUACAGACUUGUACAAAAGCCAUCGCCUCUCUCCGGAUUGCCACAGAAGAGGCCGCUCUGCUUGGGGCAGAUCAGCCAGCACGGGGGCAGGAGCCCCACCAGAAACCCUUGGAAAGUGCACAUGUUAGCAUUAGACACUUUAGUGGAUCUGAGUCAGGUCAGCCCUGUACCUCAGCUACCCACCCUGACUUGCAUGACGGUGAAAAGGACAAUUUUGGUACAUCCCAGACUGCAUUAGCCCACCCCACGUUUUACAGCAAGAGUUGUGUGGAUGACAAACAGCCGGGCUUUCACGGCAGCAAAGAAUUACCUGCAAGCACAGAGGAAGAUGAAGAACCUUUGUCAGAGCAGACUCAACUACAUUGAUCUGAGAUGCAUGGGGACUUUCAUUUCCACAGUUUCCCAUUUUGUUUUUCUUUCUGUUUUUCUAGAAAUAGAAGUAAUCGAGUUUAUAGCAUGCCUGUCCUAAGUUACGGUAGUUUGCUAUUAUAUAUACUUUUGUUAUAUCAAAAGAAUUAGGUAAAUUAACAAGUCGUCAUGAGCCUGACCAAAACAAAAUUUGAAAUUAACCUAUUGGGUCUGGUACUUUUAAAAUUGUACAGAUGUUUGUGCCUUUUCUUUACUUUGCUUAUAUUCUUAUAAGCAUUUUUUAGCAGUAAUUUGUACAUAUUUUAGAAUUUGUGUAUCUGCUUUGUAAUAAAUGUAAUUUCUUUCCUUUUUUGGACACUUGGAUCUAAAUGAUGUAAAGAAAACAGCAUCAGUAUAUAUGUGAGGUUGCACUAAAACAUAUUUUUAUAUGAUUAAAACCGAACAGCUUUUAUGUACAGCUCUGAUUCUGUAAUACUAAUAUUUAUUUACUUUGUUUCAUAAAUUGUACAUUUUUUCUUAAUGUUGUGGAUUGCUUUUCUAUGUGAAGCAUGGGAUUUACUGUUGCGUAACUAGAACAAAAAUGUAUAUUGUAAACAGGAUAUUUAAACUAGAGUAUCUUAUUCUGCACUUAUGCAUUAGUUAAAAAAAAGAUAAAGGAUGUGUCAGUCAGUUCUUAACUCUUGUAAAUUUUUUUGUCUCUUGUUUGCUGGAUUGACUAUAUCUUAAGUGCUGACUGUGAUUUUAAACUGAUAGUACCGUAAAGCAUUAAGGUAAACGAUGUGCUAUUGUGAGUUUUUUCAAAGCUUUAUAAAUCAGUUAUAAAUAAUAUUAAAAGUAUUUGGUCUUAUGUGAACAUGUUGAUCUAUAUACUCAUCUAAAAAUAUGGGAAAACAUUCCGCCCCAUGUAAAUAUGUACAAGUGCAUCACUGGUACAAUUUUGUGUAACUCAGUUGGACACUAGGUUGCCACAGACCUAUGCUAGGGUGUCUUUAAAAAUUAAAGUGACAAAGCACAUGGGACUGCAUAGAGCUUGGUUAUCGGCCGGCCCGGUGGCUUGGCAGGCAGUGCUGUGCGCUGCCCGUGGAGAAGACCCGACCUUAGAAAUCUCCUUGGUUCUUGCUGCACAAGGUGGUGACUGGAACUAAGGCUACUACAGAGGGAUGGCGCUCAGACGCUGAGGGUUGGAUGUGGGAGCGAGGAAGGGGCGUGGAGACCUGCUCACCAGCCCUUCCUGUCAGCUAGUCCACACAGAAAUAGGGUUGGCAUCAGCUUUAGGGGAAGCCACUUCACCCUUUGCAAGAGGGGGAGUGUCAGGCUCCUGGCUAUCUCAGGGGGAAUGGAAAAGAAGAUUCCAGGGAAAAGAACUUGUGGAGGAUGCUGUCUUUUGUAUACAACAUUCGGACUGGUCUUUGGCUGGUGUCGAAGGUGAGCAGAGCCUUUGUUUGUAGGUCCGGAAGAAUGGAAGAAAGGGAGGGGUACAACAACACGCACAUGUGUGUGCACACACACUCACACACAAUCUGGGUUAUCUUUGUGCUAUAUAGUGGAUUAUAAUUCUGUGAAACCAAGUUUGUAUAUUGAAUUACAUUAAGGAGUGUUCUUUAAAAAGAGAAAUAAAUAUACAAUUACAUGCUUGA